CUGGGCUCAGCUGGUCGCUGGCGGCUCCGUGGCGCUUCCUGCCACGCCGGGCCUGGGCCGCGCCAGCGCCGCUGCGCCGAGGACUGCGCGUUGGCCGCCGCCGGGCCGAGGAUCCGGUGACAUUUGGUGACGUGGCACAGUACCUCAUCAAAGGGAGUGGCUGAGGCUGGAUCCUGAGCAGAGGACACCGGCAUAUUGAAGGAAUGUGACCUCUGUGGGAGUUCCUGUUUUGAAUCCUGACUUGGUCUCUCACCUGGUGCAAGUCUGACCCAUCCCCUCACGUGGAACGAGCUGAGCAUUCAGAAAGCAUCUGGGUGACCCAACCGCCGAGGAUGGGCGAAGACGCCCAGUCACAGGAGAUGGCGUCCACGAGCUCCCCGACGGCCAGUGAGCACAGCCCUGAGGUCAAACAGAACGGGGACUCUGAGGGGAGGGGAGGGAGCCCCCAGAAUCUACCUGUAGAACAUCAUUUUGCAUGUAAAGAGUGUGGGGAUGCCUUUCGGCUUAAGGUCCUCCUCGUGCAGCACCAGCGAAUUCACAGUGAGGAAAAGGGCUGGGAGUGCGGCGAUUGCGGGCGGGUCUUUCGGGGGGUGUCUGAGUUCAACGAGCACCGGAAGAGCCACGUGGCGGCAGAGCCCCGGCCGGGCCCCAGCCGGGCCCUUGACGAGGCCAUGGAGAAGAGAGAGCAAAUGGAGAGGGAGGCGAAGCCCUUCGAGUGUGAAGAAUGUGGGAAAAGGUUCAAGAAGAACGCGGGCCUCAGCCAGCACCUGCGCGUCCACAGCCGAGAGAAGCCCUUUGACUGCGAGGAAUGCGGGCGCUCCUUCAAAGUCAACACCCACCUCUUUCGCCAUCAGAAGCUGCACACUUCGGAGAAGCCCUUUGCCUGCAAGACGUGUAGCAGGGAUUUCCUGGAUCGUCAGGAAUUUCUCAAGCACCAGCGGAUGCACACCGGCCACCUGCCCUUCGACUGCGACGACUGCGGCAAGUCCUUCCGAGGGGUCAACGGCCUGGCCGAGCACCAGCGCAUCCACAGCGGGGCCAAGCCCUACGGCUGCCCCCACUGCGGCAAGCUCUUCCGCAGGAGCUCAGAGCUCACCAAGCAUCGGCGGAUCCACACGGGCGAGAAGCCGUACGAGUGCGGCCAGUGCGGGAAGGCCUUCCGGCAGAGCUCCAGCCUCCUGGAGCACCAGCGCAUCCACACCGGGGAGCGGCCCUACGCGUGUGGCGACUGCGGCAAGGCCUUCCGGGGGCCCUCCGACCUGAUCAAACACCGGCGCAUCCACAGCGGACUGAAACCCUACGAGUGCGACAAGUGCGGGAAGGCCUUCCGCCGGAGCUCCGGCCUGAGUCGCCAUCGGAGGACCCACAGCGGAGCAAGACGCUGCGAGUGCAGCGAGUGUGGCCGCGUGUUCAAGAGGCGCUCGGCGCUGCAGAAGCAUCAACCCACCCACCGCGAGUAGGGAAGGCGCGCGGCCCCGUGGCCGGCAGCGGGUUCCCUCGGGGCCCGGGGCCCUGGGGGGGGGGCAGAGUCAAAGGAGAUGAACAGUUUUGUAGCGCUUAUAUAUUUUCUCUUCAGAAAGGUUGAAACCAAUUUAUACUGCCACCAGCAAUUUAUAAGUGUUUGUGUUUGCCAUCUUGCCUCUCGAGAGUAGCUUCUACCAUUUUGAUUGAGUUUUGGCUGGUUCAACUGGAAUCGAGUACCUUGAAGGUAUUAAAAUGCACAGGCCUUGAAUUGGAGAACGAGAGAAGAGAAACCCGGACGUGGGGGUGGAGCUCGGGGUGCUUGGUCCUCUCCUGCAAGCUCCCCCUUCAAGGAAGCUGAGACCCAGAGCUAUUCAACGAUGGUGUCCAUAGAAUGUGAUCCCGACUUUCCCCAACGGGAGAUCGAUAGCCCCAAACUUUUUUGGCCUACUUGAAUUUAUAAAUUUUUAGGGUUGUAAAUAGAAUAAUCAAAUGUCUUAUAAUAUUUAAUUUAUUAAUUUAGUUCUGCAUACAUAUUGUAAAUCACAUAUUAUAUAGAAUAAUAUAUUAAUUUAGAAAAGAUUCCUUUUUUCCCUAGCUCCACUCCAUGAGAUCAUUUUAUCCUAAUUCCUCAUAUGCAUUUCUAACCUCACCGUCUUCACCAACCUCAGAGGCCCUUUGGCGUCAUCAUUUUCAAAGCACACAUCCAAUGACUUCCAUCCAUCCGAGCUAUGUGCCACUGUGACAAUCCCUGCACAAGGCUCUCACUAGAAACCGCCUCCCAAGCCAUAAGUACA